CUCCACGGCAGGCAACCGAGAGUGCAGGGCGCCCCGCGUGGGCUCAGACGCGCCGGAGGAACCCCCCGGGGCCUGUCCGCUGCAAAAUCCAACAUGAAAAUCCUCGUGGCCUUGGCAGUCUUUUUCCUCGUCUCCACUCAACUGUUUGCAGAAGAAAUCGGAGCCAACGAUGAUCUGAAUUAUUGGUCCGAUUGGUCCGACAGCGACCAGAUCAAGGAGGAGCUGCCCGAGCCCUUUGAGCACCUUCUGCAGAGAAUCGCCCGGAGACCCAAGCCUCAGCAGUUCUUCGGUCUAAUGGGCAAACGGGAUGCUGAUUCCUCAAUUGAAAAACAAGUGGCCCUGUUAAAGGCGCUUUAUGGACAUGGACAAAUUUCUCAUAAAAGGCAUAAAACAGAUUCCUUUGUUGGACUAAUGGGCAAAAGAGCUUUAAAUCCUGGCACACUGAAGAAGCAGCAGCGUAGAGGUGGUUUUUCAAUAUUUGCCUCAAAAAUUGUGCACUACUAUGUGCGCUAG